AUGGCGUCCAAAGAGCCUUCGGAGGCCGAUAUUGAUAACUUGAUUGACUGUUGCGGUCUGAACGCUAUACACGAUCGCGAUUUGGCAAGACAAGCGCUCAAGCUCAAUAACAAUAAUGGAGACGUGGCUGCCGGCGAGUUCUAUACUAACGGAGAGGACAAUUUUCGAUCGAGGUACACGAAGCUCUGGGACGACUCAGCAUUCAGCGCGGACAGGGACGGCAACAGCAAUAAUGCCGGAAUAUCGUUCCAUGUCGAAUCUUCCGAUCACGCCGUUAUCCAAGGCGUAACUCCCCCGCCCGAUUCCCAUAUGUUUGGCGCUCCCUCAAGACCUCCUUCACGAUCAAAUAAUCGAUCUCCUCUGGGUACGAUGGUGGAAUGGGCUGCGGCACAUGCGCCCGGUAUUUCUCUUUCCCAGUCCGACGAGCAUCUACUAACCGGGUCGUAUACAGGUGUCCCGAAUAGCCAGGCACAGGAAGACGACGAUGUACAACGAGCCAUUCGCGAGUCGGCGCAAGAGGCUGGAAUAACGAUUCCCGAACAAGAAACCGGCUUCAUAGGUCCAUCGGAACCGGCGCCUACUCAAUUUGGCCCAGCAAAUCGCGAAACCUACGAGGAGAGCCAAUGGGCAAUGGUUCCUGUUGGGCCAGCUAGCAAAGAGAUCUCCACGAACGACCCGAAGCCGUCAGAAAGAAAGAGGAUACAAAGCGCCCCUGCAAUGCUGAUAAAGAGCAGGCUAGGAGAGCAUGAUCAUCGACUGGGCGGUCUCCUCACGAUCAUGCAUGAAAUUCCCAUGGUCCGAAAUAUCCUUCUCAACAUCGGUAACCUAGCUACAACAUACGGCAAUAACAAGGAUUGGUGGAAAGGGGAGGAGAUCUUAUCACAGGAGGUUGUGGCAAAAAUGAAUGAAGAGAUGACCUGGGAACCGGGACAACACAACAGCAGCACUGCGUUCGAAGAGGAAAUCCACCGCCUAAUGGCUUUUCUGGAUUCCACCGAGCGUGCAUACGGCUCGGUAUCUAUGCUGACGGAGCUGAUGAAGUUCCAUGGCAUUGGCACUGAGAAGCACUUUUACGAGAUGCUACAGGACAGACAUGGUGAAGCGAUCAGGCCGCUCACACAGGUUGCUACUGUUGCACCUUUCCACGGUGGCGCCAUGGAAGAGAACGUCAACUUUGGUUAUCUCGAAAUAGAACACUCAAGAAACGAGUACAAGUGCAUCAAGACAUUGUAUGAGGCACUCGACCACGUAAUGUGGAGUGAUGCACUUGGACCGGAAGCCAUUCAAGAAGACUCCAAAGUGGCAUUUUUCAAAGAAAUGGGCGAUGUUUUGGUGCUCGAUAUAUCUGGUGAUGGACCAAAGGAGUCAAUCGAAAUACCUCAUGAAUUCUAUCCAGAGAAAUACCUGGUCUCUCGACAAGACGAGGCCCGCCGCAUCCAGUACGGUUGGCGCCAGACGAAAGAGGAUAUGGCACGUCUUGAAAGAGAAAAGGAGCAACUCGAUCAACUGAAGGGGAUUUGGGCCACCGGCAAUAUUAACACAAAGUCUGGCCUGCUGAAAAAGGCAGUAGAGCAGUGGGAGGGUUACAAGAGUUACCUUGACGGUUUUAGACAAUUCACGGCGUUGCUGAAUUCGGGAUUCAACACUGACAAGGAUCCCGACUGCCGCGAGGCUGCUCCCGACCGCGACGAUGAACAGGAAAAGCGAUAUGAGACGGUUGAGCAGGUAAUUGAGUACUCGAAGACGUUGCUCGAAAGUCUAGAAAACAGAAUGAAGGACCUCGAUACAGAGAUGGAACAGGUUGCGAAGAAACAAAGAGCUCUGGGAAGGCUUCUCACGGUGCCGGACAAGCCAGGUCGUCCGAAGCCCAUGACAUGCAAAAAGUACCUGCUUCGUGGAGUGGCCACUUCGUCGGACGUUGUCUAUGUCUGUCAGCGUGAAGAAGAGGAUUUGAUAGAACUCAGCAACGAGAACAACCGCGUUGAUCAAUGGUGGAGACUGGCAUAUGAUUCGCACGGAGAUGGAUCAACCACACGGGUCGAGAAAAUCAAGACCGAGGAGCUAUUCGAGGAUGUGUGGCAUGAAACCAGGAAGCCUCUGCUCGUAUAUGCCACCGAGGAAGCCCUCGGAACCUCGAAGCAGCGACUUCCACCUCAGCUAGAGCUGUUUGUUAAGGUGGACAACAAAGCUUUUCGGCAGGAGUUGACUGAAGAAGAGACGACGGCUGAAGUAAAGCCAACACCCAGUUCUGACCACCCUCUCUCGCCUCUCUCACCUUCAAAAAGAAAACAUCGAGCUGACAGCGUCGGUUCAAUGGACAGCAACCGUGCUUCCAUUGGCAGCGAUGGCAGAAAUGGAUUCGACAGCCCAUUUGGUUUUCAAGAUGAUCACACAGGUACUGAGAUGGAGGAUUAUGGAAGCUCGUCGAACUAUAUCCACAGUAGCGAUAUCUUGGACGAUCCUCCUACCCUCCCAGCUCGCCCUCAAGGCUCAACUACGUCCACAACAGAGCCAACUUCGGCUACCAUGACACCUAAUACGGUCGAAGCCGACUAUGUGGACAGUGAGGAGCCUCGAAGUCCGGAGAUGCAAGAGAAGUCUAGACCCCCUCCUUUCAUGUCGAUCUCGAGAACCCCGUCCGAAAGAAAGGAGCCGAUCAAUCUGAUGGAUAUGGACAUACCAGACGAGAAGCAAUAG